AUGUUGGGCGUUUUCCAAGAUGAAAUAAAGCAAUUGCUGGUGUCCACCGGCCUUGAUGCAGGGAACUUAAAGAUAUUGAUUUGUGCAGCUUUAUCAUUCCCCUUUAGUUAUAUUUUCAAACGGUUACCUGAUAACAACUAUCGAUUGAAGAAUCUUUUCAACAUCGGAGUAUCAUCAUUUUACAUUAUUGGGAUUCUUAAUGAAUGGUCAGGGCUUUGGAAUCUUUUAUUUUCGGCAUUAGGAUGUUAUUUCAUCACCCGUUAUGUCAAGACUUCUACUAUGCCAUGGAUCAAUUUUAUAUUCUUGAUGUCACAUUUGGCAUACAAUCAUCUUAAGGCCCAAUUUUUUGGUCAAACAGCCCCUGAUGACGUUGACAUCACGGGUGCUCAAAUGGUUAUGGUGAUGAAAUUGACAGCUUUUGGUUGGAACAUUUAUGAUGGGAAACAAAGUUUACUGAGUCUCUCUGAUUACGCUAAAGAAAGAAAAAUACUGAAACAUCCCAAUAUACUUCCUUAUUUGGGUUAUGUUUUCUUUUAUGCUUCUGUUUUAACAGGACCAGCUUUUGACUAUGCUGAUUACGAUAAGUUUAUCCAUUCCACAUUGUUCGAUGAUGUUCCACAAGAUAAACGUCCUGGUGCUCGUAAAAGACGGAUUCCUCGUAGUGGUAAGCCGGCUUUGAAUAAGUUGCUCCGAGGAAUAUUCUGGGCCUUUUUGUUUGUCAAUUCAAGUAAGUAUCUUUCACUUGAUUACAUUCUUAAUGGUCAAUUAUUUCAGGAGCAUAAUUUCAUCUACCGGAUCUUUUAUAUGUGGGGUUUGGGUUUCACCUAUAGAUUGAAAUACUACACUAUUUGGUCCAUAGCUGAAGGUGCGUGUAUUUUAUGUGGUAUUGGAUACAAUGGAUACGACAGUGAUACUGAUUCUUUUAAAUGGGAUCGAGUACAGAAUAUCAAUGAAUGGGCUUUUGAAACGGGCCAGAAUGUACGUGCAUGUUUGGAAGCAUGGAACAUGAACACCAACAAAUGGCUUAAGAAUUAUGUUUAUGUUCGUAUUGCUAAGAAGGGGCAGAAACCUGGAUUCAAGAGUACAUUAUUUACAUUCUCCACUAGUGCUUUCUGGCAUGGCACAUGUCCUGGAUAUUAUCUUACGUUUAUUGUUGGAGCAUUCCUUCAAACGCUUGGAAAGAUCUACAGACGAAACUUUAGGCCCAUAUUCAUGGAAGCAGAUGGGAAAACUCCUAAACCCACAAAGGUAUUUUACGACAUUAUAUCCUAUAUCAUCACUCAGCUUGCCUUUGGAUAUGCAGUUCAACCGUUUGUGAUCUUAGACUUUGGUAAGUCUAUUUACUGUUGGUUCACAGUAUAUUUCUGGUUACAUGGGAUAAUUGGAUUGACAUUCUUUGUGUUCAGGGGUCCAUAUAAGAAGCAAGUGACUCAAUUCUUACAGAGGUACCAUGCAAGUGCUGUAAUUCAAGAACAGAAGAAGAAGACAAGUGAACCUGAGUUGACAACAGACAAGAACGUGGAGAAGAAUGCCAAUGAAGUUGCACCGGUUCCUAAAGUCAUUGACAAGGAACAAGAAGUGCCAACGUUUGGUCUUCCCAGCAUUGAAGACUUGGAACAAUACGAUAAAGAGGAAGUUCAAAGAGAACUUCAAGAGAUUGGAGAAUCAUGGAAAUCAUUCCGUGCUCGGAGAGGAUCUCUUAAGGAUGAUGAUUUUGAAGGUUUACGCGAAGCUUAUGCCAAUUUCACUGCUGAAAUGAAUGAUAUAUUCCAGCAUGCUAAAGAGGAUGCUGAUCCAAAGAAGACAGAAUGA